GCAAAAUCUCACUCUCUUUUCUGGCGGCAAGAGCGAUGUGUGUGUACAUAUUGAAAAGAAGAACUGCUAGUACAUAAUCCAGUCUAUUGAGCAAAGUCGUCGCGAUACCCCCAAGAACAAGCAAUAGUGUAUGGACUGAACGCUUAAAAUGCACCAACUUGGAUGUCUCCGCUGGUUUUUGUUGCCAUUUUUGUUCGGCAGCUAUGUCCACGAGAAGAAGGCAUAUCAAGGUCAACGAGUGAAUCUGAAUAGCACCCCCAGUUCGAUUUGUAACCGCAAGCGCAAGCGCUAUCGUGCAAGGAAUCGCGGGCAAGAUGAGGAGAAGGGCUGUAGGUAUGGAUUGGCGGAAAUAUCCAAGAUAUCCAAGUCUAUACGUAAAUGCGGCGGCUCAGAGCUGAGAGCUUCUGUAACAUAACAUCACAACACGUGAUGGCGCCUCGUUUGACGUGUCGAGCCCCUCACUCUGUUUGUGCCGUGCGCUUGUGGCAACUUUGCGUCGUAACUGCAAGGAUAUAAGAUAAACAAAUCUGGCAUUAUGCGACCAGUCAGGCUCGGAAAGCGCGCAAGCGUGCCAGAAGCUUGCGAAGCGGCACCUUCAUCCCAUCCAAUACAAAGCUUUUGCCGUAAGCGCGCACGCACUGCUGAAGUAACAAACAAUAACCAAAUGAUGUAGAUGAUCACUCACCAAGCCGCAAGCCAUUUGCUUAAGCGGAAUGCAUCGUGGACAAGGUGGCGAUGCGUACCCCAAGAGGUCAAGACUGAGAUAGGAAAGUGGGUGAAUGAGGAGCUCAAAAAGCAAGAUAUCCCGGAGAUCCGAGAG